UGUCAAACGGGCAAGAGGCUGGCAAAACGCUGCGAUCGCGGAGGCCGCCAUCUGCUUUUGAUGGAGACGCGAGAGGAGCUGAGAGACGGUGAAUGCAUUACUCAAGCAAAGGUUACACGACGUCGAGUCGCCUGCCGUGAAGGAUUCAUACGGCGCCGGGUGGUGAAUCAGAAGACCGACCCUGCGGACUCGGGCUCGCAACUUGUGGUACACUUGAUCUCCAAUCGCUUGGAGGGCUGCAAGUGUCGCCAGGUCAUACACACGAAGUAUUGCCCAUCGAGUAAGUUGUUGCGGUCAGGGCUGAAGUCGGGUUGUAGCAUUCCUCAUUAUCAUUCACAAGCUUUGAAGAUGGCCAUUUGGUCAGGCAUACAUCACGUUCAAUAUGCUGAGGAUACGGGUUUAAAAUGA